UGAAGCGAUUAAAAAUCUUAGUUACUGGUUAACUCAACAAAAAUGCAAAGCAAUUGGAAUAGCGUAGAUAAAACGUGGAGUGGAUCUCCUCGGAGCUCCAUAUACGACUAUAAUACUUCUGCGGGUCGCAUCAUUUUCAAUACCAUGAUGAAUUGGCCGAAGAAAGUGUUGCAAAUAUCAGAUAGUGAUGGAGUGAUCGUGACAUGUGAACAGGCCCUCACGUGGGCCAUUCGCAUAGCUCAGUUCUUCAAGAAACGAGGACUAGACCACACGAGCGUCAUUGGUAUUGCAGCUGCAAAUACUACAUAUGUCAUGCCGUUGGCUGUGGCAUGUUUAUUUAAUGCCACACCGUUUCACGCCAUAAGUCCUCUUUUUGAAGAAGAGACUAUAAAGUUCAUGUUCGAGAUAACCAAGCCGAAGCUGAUAUUCUGCGACAAAGAACAAUAUAAUAAAAUUGUCGAGGCCACCAAGGGUUGGAGUCCCGAGGUAUACACAGUAAGCGAACCCUUGGAAGGUAARCCCAGCAUACAGAGUCUGUUGGAGCCCACGACUACAGAAAAGUUCUACCGUCCGGAACCCCUGAAAACUGGCGGAGAUCAAACCGUGGUCAUCCUCUGUUCAUCCGGAACAACGGGAAUGCCGAAAGCCGUGUGCAUAUCYAACUGUGUGUUUAUGCAGGAUAAUUUGCUUGUCAACAGUGAAACGAUUUACUUUCUACAGAGUGGACUAGACUGGAUAUCUGGACUAUGGGCUUUCAUGUUCUGUGUGGUAUUCGGAAGCACUCGCAUCAUAUCGAAUAAGCCCUUUUCCCCUGAGAACAUUGUGAAUUUGGUGCAGAAAUAUAAGAUCAAUUAUAUAACCUUGGCUCCUGUUCAAUUGGCCGUCCUUGCCACUAGCCCUGCAGCCAAGCCCUACGCCCUGUCUUCAUUGCGUAAUGUGAACUACGGUGGUAGUAUUCUUUCCGACGCAACGUUAAAACGCAUAAAGGAAUUGUGCAAGAAUGCGAUAAUUACCUCGGCAUACGCGAUGACCGAAGUUGGAGUGAUUACGCUAAAUGUGGGUGUGCAGAAUGCAUCAGCCACUGGCAAGCCGAUGGCCGGUAUGACCAUACGGAUCGUGGAUGAGGAUGGGAGAAACCUAGCUCACAAUGAGGUCGGAGAGAUCCUUGUGCACACAGGCAUGCACUGGAACGGCUACUAUGGCAAUCCCGUUGCCACAAGCCAUAUACUGGAUUUUAAAGGCUGGAUCCAUACCGGAGACUUGGGCUACUUCAAUGACGACAAUUUAUUAAAUGUUAUUGACCGCAAAAAGGCAAUGCUUAAAUUCCAAGGAAUUCACUACUGGCCCACUGAAAUCGAGAAUGUGAUCCGAGAGUUGCCCCAAGUGCGUGAUGUCUGUGUUGUGGGCAUACCUGAUGAUGUGCUUGGCGAUGUGGCCGCCGCAUUGGUAAUGAAGGUACCGGGAUCCAACCUUUCGGAACAGGAUAUUUCGAAUCAUGUGGCCAAACGGUUUGUCCCCACACAUAAACAUCUACAUGCCGGUGUUCGAUUCGUUGAUAAGCUGCCCGUCAACAACAAUGGAAAGAUAAUUCGAAUUGCAGCCCGAGACCUAUAUAAAUCUCUAAGUGGCACAGAAACUAAAGGAAACUAA